AUGUCGCUUCAUGAAGAAUCUUCAGGUCUUUUGGGAACUCAUGUAAAUUGGGAAGAUAUUGAGGAUGAAGUUAGGCUAAGUUUGGCAACUGAAGCUAGAUUUGGUGAAAAUAAGAAGGUGGAGAAUAUUGGAAAUAUGAAGGUGGGUUUUGGCGGGAAAAUCGAGGCUUUUGAAAAUUGAAAAUGAAAAAAAAGAAGAAUUUUUCCACGUGAAAAAUUCAAAUUUCACGUUUAAUUUUUAUUUUUUAAAAAUGUCUCAUUUCAUAAAAAAAGUUAAAAUAUGAAUUUUGUAGAGAAUUUCAAGGGCUACAAGUUAGGCUAAAUAGAUUUUUCUAUAAUUCUCAGAUUUGGCUGAAAAUCGAGGGCAAAACUAGGAAGCUGAAAUUUUCAAAAAUAGAGCAUUUUCAGACCUGAUUUUCAGCAUUUCAUAAAAAUCCUAACUUUUUGAAAAAACAUGGAUUUUGUAGGGAAUUUCAAGGCAGCUAGAUUUUUCUGAAAAUUUCAUCAAAAAGCUUAAAAUCAUCAGAAAUUUCUGAAAAACAUAGAGAAUUUCAAGAAAUUUCCAAUUUUCCAGGGCUUCAUGUCAAAAAUCGCCCUAAUCUCCCCAGAUUGGACCCAAGAUGCCGAAAUCCUUCCCAAAAAGCUCAUAGUCAAAAUUGUCUCUCAAUUAGCCUUCGUCGAAAUGUCGAAAUGGUCAAAAAUCGAGUUAUCCGAAGAAAAAUUGAGGAAUUUCGAUGAAAUCGUCUCAAAUUUCCAUAAUCAAGAAGUCGGAACCUACGAACUUCUGAAGCAGGAGAAUCGAGAGAUUCCCUUGAUAAAGAUCUAUGCUUCAAGAAAAAUCACGGCUGAAAAUCCACUGAAAGGCUUCAUUAUUUCGGAAUUUGUGGAGGAUUUGAAGGCGGUCACGAUUUUCGAUUCAAUUGAGAUUGCAAACAUUUUACCAGUAGUUCGAGGAAUUGCCAGAUUUUCAGCAUUGGCUGUCGAAUUUCCAGAAAAGAUGGGAUUUGCUGGAAGUUCGGAUUUUCUUUCAAAAGGCUUGGAGAAUUUUAGCGAUGAGAAAACGCGCGAAAAUUCAUAUAAGACAAUGAGAGAAAGUUUUCCGGAGGAAUUUAAGGAGAAAGCUGAGGAUUUGAUUGAGAUUUAUCGCAAGGUUUCAACGCCGGAAAUGAUUCGCAGGAUUACAAAGAUUCCUGAGAUUUGUGGUGGGUUUUCGGGGUGAAAAAUUAGAUUUUUGGCGCAAAAAUCCCUAUUUUCUUCCAGGUUUUGCUCCUCAACUCGUUCACGGCGAUUUAUGGCCCGGAAACCUGAUGUUCUCCCAAAAUCUCGAACUUCGUGCAAUUAUCGAUUGGCAAGCUGUUAGUUUUGGCUCGCCGUCUCAAGAUUUGGGCCGAUUAUUCAUCACAAUUCUAUCCACCAAAACAUACCGUGAAAAUCUAGAUUUUCUUUUGGAAACCUACUAUCAUGAGCUUGUGAAAAGUCUCGAGAAAUCUCCCGCCAAACCCAAAAUACCGUAUACUUUGGAGCAACUCAAGAAAAAUUAUCAAUUAAUGUUCCCGAUUGUCACAAUUUUGGUGCUGCCUGGAAUGAUUAGCUAUGCGGAAGUGAUUGGGCUUCGAGACGGCGAAAAUCGAGAGGAUUUGAAGAAAUCGGCGAUUGAGAAAGCGGUUGGAAUGAUGGAGGAUGUUUUAAAGGCGCAUAGAGCUAAUUUAAUUGAUUUUCCUGAAUAUUUUGAAUAG